AUGGAAAAGAUAUUGGGAGUGGAAGGAGGAGAGAAGGAAGUUCUGGAAUUGAACAAGUAUGUUGUGGGUUCGGUGCCGACUGUCAUGUACAUUCCUGAGUACAUCUCGACUGCUGAAGAAGACCUCCUCCUCAAAAACAUUUACCAAGCGCCGCUUUCCAAAUGGAAGACUUUGAAGAAUCGGAGACUCCAAAAUUGGGGAGGAGUUGUCCACGAAAAGGGUCUUCUUGCCCAAGAAUCAACAGAAGUUGAAUGUCCAAGUUCUUUGUGUUUUGCAGUGCCAUCCUGGCUAAAAAGAGUUACAAAUAGAAUAUGCGAGGAAUCAAAGUUGUUCCCCUCAGCAAUCAACCAUGUGCUUAUCAACGAAUAUUUGCCUGACCAAGGAAUUAUGCCACAUCAGGACGGACCUGCAUAUAUGCCUGUGGUGGCAAUUCUAUCACUUGGGUCUCCUGUUGUUAUGGACUUUGUUCCUCAUCCUAAUUUAGAGAGCACAGCGGAAACAUCAGAAAACGAUACUCAAGACAUAAUUUACGAACCUUCAGUUACAAAGGGCUACAAGUCCAGCAAAUACCUUCCCUUUUCUGUGGUAUUAAUGCCUCGUAGCUUGCUGAUAUUUAAAGAUAUGGCGUACUCAGAUUAUUUGCAUGGCAUAAAGGACUCUGAGAAUCACUGCUAUGAUGAGGCUGUAAAUGCUAUCAAUGGUCCAAGUCAUGAUGCUGAAACACUGGCAGGCUUGAAGAUUGAUGGAGGUGACAGGGUGGUUCACCGGACUACUACAAGAGUUUCUCUUACGUGUCGGCUUGUGACAAAAGUUCACAAACAUCUAAUAAAAAUUUAGAGCGAUGCAUAGAUGAAACUUUAUAAGGCUUUCUCCGGAAAGACUGUUUCAGCAAGAGUAAUAAAUAUCUCCUUCCCUGACCAUAAUGUAGUAGUGUCGUCUGCUUCUAUACUAAUAAGUUUCUUAACAA